CAGGAAGCACUUCAAGACUGAAACGCUCAGUCUUUUGAGGAGAGGAGCUCUGCUGACAGUGCAUUCAGAAGGGUGUUAACCAGCUUUUCUGGAAGGACGUUUAAAGAUAACGAAACUUGCUGUAGCAUUGUUUUGCCACCUGGGACAAUGAGAGGUGCACCUUUGCUACACUUGACCCUUCUCGUCAGCAUUGCUCAUGGGAUUGGUCUGAAGGACAAAAGGGGGCCAUUAAGAGAUCUAGAUUUAGAUGUGCCAGAGGCUACGCCUGUGCCUUAUCCCAUUUACCAGUUUACAUCAAAAGAUGAAGGGGAGACAUACCAUAUAAGCGAAGAGAACGAAGGAAAGAUCGGUAUUUCUUCCGACGGCUGGCUAUACCUGGAGGAAGCUCUGGAAUGGAGCCCUGAAAAAAGACACCAUCUAGGAAUUGAAGUACGUUCAGCAGAUGGUGAAACUGUUGAUGGGCCUUACAAGGUCGUCUUGCACGUUGUGGAUGUCAAUAACAAACACCCCAUCUUUAGUGAGAGUCAGUACAGCGGCCGUGUUAGAGAGCAUUCACCUGCAGAAGUUCCAUUCUUGCAGGUGUUUGCUACCGAUGCGGACGAUCACAACACAUUAAAUGGCCAAUUUAGAUUCAGCAUUGUGAACCAAAUCCCAAAUCCCGGAAAUGGUUUCUACUUUGAUAUUAACCCUGAGAGUGGAGAGAUCUUUAUAACAGAGGAAGGAGCAAAGUCUUUGAAGGCCAGGCCCACUGUAAUGUACAGCCGCGGGGAGGUCCAUGGCAGUCCUGAUGUCCUGAAGAAGAAGUUUGAGGACUACUGUAUUCCAAGGAACAACAUGCCUCUGGAGAACAACCCCUUUUACACGUGCAUCGAACGUGCUGAAAGAAGAGAAGUGAAUCUUCUCCAAGAUCCGGACUAUGCACUGAUUGUUCGUGCAGAGGAUUUAGGAGCUCCGAACGCUUUGAGCAGCACGACACGGGUCAACGUAGCUAUUAUUCAAAACCUCUGGGUCAGCCCUGGACCAAUCAAAAUCAGAGAAAAUUUGGAAGAGGAUUACCCUUUGUAUCUUACCACGGUGCGUGCCAAUGAUCCCACCGCAUUUUACAAGCUGGUACAGAAAGAAAGGCUUCCCUUCCCUUUCACCAUCAAUGAUGAUGGAGAAAUCCAUGUAACCGCUCCUCUGGAUAGAGAAGAGAAAGAUAUGUACACUUUGGUGGUCUUUGCAGAAGACGAACAGGGUGUUGAGCUGGAAAAACCCAUGGAGAUUCAUGUGCAGGUGGAGGAUAUAAAUGAUAACCCUCCUGUGUGCAAUGAAGCUGUGUUUGAGGUGCAAGAGAAUGAGCCCAUAGGUAAUCAAAUCGGUGUUCUGCCUGCUCAUGAUAGUGAUGAGGAGGGCACACUGAACUCAUUAUUAGUCUACACACUUGUAAGCCAGAAGCCUAACAAGCCGUUCGUGGGAAUGUUCACCAUCGACCAAGUCAAUGGUGAAAUCAAAGUGGCAAAUAAAAACUUCCAAAGGAAAGAGGUGCCUCAGUAUGAGCUCACCUUUAGUGUGACUGAUGGAGUUUACACUGCGGAAUGUAAAGCAAUCAUCAAGGUCAUCGACAUCAAUAACGAGAUCCCUGUCUUCGAGAAAAAAGAUUAUGGGACCCACAGUGUUCCUGAGCUAGCUGAGUUGGGAACCACUUUGCUCAUCAUCAAAGCCACGGAUGCAGAUGACCCAGGAACAGGAAGCUCUAGGGUGGAGUAUCACAUCACUGCUGGAGACCCACAUAAUCUCUUAGCCAUAGAAGUUAAUGAAGAAACUGGAGAAGGCAGAGUCUACAUCGCUCGGCCACUGGAUUAUGAGCUCCAGAGCGUCUUCCACCUUCAGAUUGAUGCCCGUAAUCCUGAGCCUCUGAUCGAAGGAGUGGAGUAUAAUGAAAAUGCCACCACAUUUGUUGUCAUUGAGCUGGUGGAUGUGGACGAACCUCCACAAUUUGAAGUGCAAACUCUUAACGUUAACGUCCCAGAAAACAUCACGGUUGGAACCGUAAUAAUGACAGCUGAAGCCAAGGAUCCAGAGGGAAAAACUAUCAAGUUUAAGAUGGAAGGUGAUGAACAUAACUGGUUGGAGCUGAACGCUGACUCUGGAGAGCUGAAGACUAAAGCUGCUCUGGACAGAGAAACGGUGGAGCAGAUCUCUCUCACAAUCAUCGCUUACGAGACAGAGGGAGACAAGCAGGAGGCUGAGAUGAAUGUGGAUAUUCAUCUGCUGGAUGUAAAUGACAACUACCCUAAGCUGCAGAAGACACAGGGCUUCAUCUGCAUUCAGGAUAUGACCCCCUUGAAGCUCACUGCUGUAGAUAAGGACGCUGACCCCUACGGAGAGCCUUUCACCUUCUCCAUGAACCGCAAGUCACCAAACUUCGAGAUCAAACCUCUGGACGGAACCUCAGCACAGCUGAUUUUGAAGAAGAAGCCGUCAAGUGAUAUGAAUGCCACUGUUCCCAUCAACAUCAAAGACAAAGCUGGAAUGGGUAUCACUCAAAAGUUUGACGUGCGUAUAUGUAACUGCACAAAACUGGGCUACUGUUACAUCGAGCCAGCAGCUCACAGCUGGAAGCUGGGCAUGAGUGGCACCAUUGGCAUCCUGGCAGGAAUAUUCGGCUUCAUCACUCUGUCCAUGAUCAUUGUCAUCUACCGAAUCAAGAAGAAGGAUCAGCAGAGAGCAGCAACUUCUGAAGAGACUAAAGUAAUGCUCUAGAGUCGGGAUAAUAUGCCAGCUGUAAACAUCAUUCGGUACACAAUCCAGGCGAA